UGGAUCGUAUUACUGGCUGCUCUCCCCGCACCGCUGAGCCCACCACCUCUGCGCCAAUCACAGCCCGCCUUUACAUACGCGCACAUGCGUGCACGAACGCACAGACACACACCCUGACACACACACACACACGGCGACCCAUCGCUCCGGUUCACAUGCGUCCCCACCGACUCCGCGUAGCGCUGGCUGCGCCAAGAUGAGCGGUUGUCCCGGUACCAUGAUCUGAACGUCUCACCGCCUGACUGACCCAGAGCCGGGGGGGGGGAGAGAGAAGAGAGAGAUAGAGAAAGAGAGAGAGAGAGACCAUCUUUCCACUCUCACAACCCAUCUUCCGUUCGCUCGGAAGAGACCGCAGCGCGAUCCGUUUCUUUCGGCAUCUUUUCUUUUUUCACCCCCUCCUCCUCCUGCUGUUCUUACUGCCCCCCCCCCCCCCCCUCCUUAUUGUCGGUCUCCCGGUUUAAAGGAAAAACCGGAGAGCCCGGGAGUGCUUUUGUGGAAAUACAUUUUUCGCAUUUUUUUUUUCUUUCCUUGCUGAGUGUUGGUAGCGCGCAGUUGGUGCGCGCUUUCGCAAAUUCCGGUGAAUGGUGGAUUUGGCAAACAUGGAGACUGUGGAGAAGGAAUGCGGGGCCCUCGGGGGUCUAUUCCAGGCGAUUGUCAACGACAUGAAGUGCUCCUAUCCUGUGUGGGAGGACUUCAGCGCCAAGGCCACCAAGCUGCAUUCCCAGCUCCGAACCACUGUUCUGGCUGUCGUGGCCUUUUUGGAUGCCUUUCAGAAGGUGGCAGACAUGGCUACCAACACCAGAGGGGCAACCAGAGAUAUCGGUUCAGCCCUGACAAGGAUGUGCAUGAGGCAUCGCAGCAUUGAGGCCAAAUUACGCCAGUUCACCAAUGCUAUGAUGGAGAGUCUGAUCACUCCUCUCCAGGACAAGAUUGAGGACUGGAAGAAGACAGCCAACCAGUUGGAUAAGGAUCAUGCCAAAGAGUACAAGAGGUCCCGCCACGAGAUCAAGAAGAAGUCAUCUGACACCAUGAAGCUACAGAAGAAGGCUCGGAAAGAGAUCCAGGGGCGAGUGGACCUGCAGCCUCAGCUGGACAGUGCCAUGCAGGAUGUGACAGACCUGUGUCUGCUGAUGGAGGAGACGGAGAAGCAGGCAGUGCGUCGGGCCCUGGUGGAGGAGAGGGGUCGCUUCUGCACAUUCAUCGGCUUCCUUCAGCCUGUCGUGAACGGAGAGAUUGCCAUGCUGGGAGAGAUCACCCACCUCCAGGCCAUCAUUGAUGAUCUCACUGUGCUGACAACCGAUCCUCACAAACUGCCCCCAGCAAGUGAACAGGUGAUUAAGGAUCUGAAGGGCUCAGAUUACAGCUGGUCCUAUCAGACUCCACCUUCAUCCCCCAGCAGCUCUGGCUCCCGCAAGAGCAGCAUGUGCAGCAGCGUCAACAGCGCCCACAGUAGUGCCUCCCGUUCAUCAGGGGGAGGCGGCAGUGGGGGUAUUGGUGGAGGGGGUGGAGGCUCCCAGCCCCACUCACCCACCUCAUCUUCCUCCUCCUCCUCCUAUCGCUACCGCAGCAGCCUGCCGCAUCAGCCUCCGCCACCGGGGGGCAUCGCCGCCCACCGCCUCAGCAGCGUCUCCUCCCACGAUUCGGGCUUUGUGUCCCAGGACGCAAACAUCUACUCCAAGCCCCCCUCGCCCAUGCCCUCGGACAUCACUAGCCAGAAGUCCUCCAGCUCAGCGUCGUCAGAGGCCUCAGAAACAUGCCAGUCAGUCAGUGAAUGCAGCUCCCCCACCACUUUUGGCACGUCCUUCGCUACCUUCCGCCCUGCUCUCUCUCACUCUGGCUCCACCAGGCCUCUCUCUGUCAUUCUUCCUGCGUCCCCACCCUAUAACUGCCCCCCUGGAUCCAGCUCCUCCUCUCCCACAUCAAAGGUUCCUAUGUGGAAGGAUUGGUCCAAAGCAGGUCAGUAUGAGCAGCCGGUAGCAGCAGCAUCAGUUCAGAGGAGAAAGGAACCUCUCGAUAGGCUGAGGGAGAACGAGAUGUCGCCCAGCUCCCAUGGAUACGCUGGGCCAUCGCACCCUGAUGACGCACAGAGACCCAGGAUGACCCCUGCUACCAUCGCGGCCAAGCAUGGAGAGGAGGUCUCUCCUGCAGCCAGUGACCUGGCCAUGGUGCUGACCAGAGGGCUGAGCAUGGAGCAGCAGAAAAGCAACAGAGACUCCCUGCAGUACUCCAGUGGCUACAGCACAGAGACCACAACCCCGUCCUGUUCCGAGGACACAAUUCCUUCACAAGGUUCAGAUUAUGACUGCUACUCAGUGAAUGGGGACGCUGAAGGGCCAGAUGGUCAGACAGAGUUUGACAAGUCCUCCACCAUUCCUCGCCACUCUAACAUCGCCCAGAACUACCGGCGAAUGAUCCAGACCAAGAGGCCAGCCAGCACAGCCGGCUUGCCCAGUGGGGUUCUUGGUCCUGGAGCUGGUGGAGGUGGAGGUACUCCGGGCACUGCCACCAUCCGUCGAACCCCGUCUACCAAACCAGGCGUGAGGCGCACACUGUCCAGCGCAGGCCCUAUCCCCAUCCGACCACCCAUUGUACCUGUGAAGACACCCACUGUUCCCGGGGACUCGCAUUCACCUGGCGCAGCUAGUGGUGGAUUUGCAGGUGGAGGGCACUCGGGUGGCGUGCCGGUACGCGUGGGCAGCGAGGAGUGUGUCUUCUUCACUGGAGUCGAGGAUACACAGGGAGCGCUCGAUUAUGUCAAGGCAUCACCGAAGCGCCUCAGCCUGCCUAACACCGCCUGGGGAUCAGGGGCGGCGUUAGAGGUCUACGCCCAGCAGCACGGAGGCCUUGCAAUGGGAACAGGCUCAGGGGCCGGAUCAGAGGAGGAUCAGAUGAUCGCGGCAAAUCGACACAGCCUAGUGGAGAAGAUCGGUGAGUUGGUAGCCAGUGCGCACGCCCUUGGAGAGGGGCAGUUUCCUUUCCCCGCCCUCCCUGAUGACCCGGCCCUGCCGCAAACCGGCCCCGCCGACACUCAGACAGGCACCGAGGAGGAAGACGGGUCCGGUGACAUGUUGACCACCAUCAGGAGAGGAGUCCGCCUUCGCAAAACCGUCUCCAAUGAUCGUUCUGCGCCGCGCAUCUUGUGAUGGGAGGGGGAGCAGGAAGAGGGUGAUACUUGUCAGCCAAUAGGGAGUCAGGUGUAGGUGGGGUGCAACCAACCGCCUAGUACAUACAUAAACACGUAACUAUGUAGGGAAAGUUCUAAUAUAACAGAAGAUGAAUGAAAACAUACACAAAAAAUGCGUUUAAAGACACCAUUAGAGUAAAUGAUAUAUAAUAAUAAUAAUAAUAAUAAUAAUAAUAAUAAUGUUAACUCAUGCUGACAAUUAAAAGAAAUACUGAAUAUUGACAUGCUCCUUGCAGGCCACUAUAACUAAUGUGUGAUGGACGCAUGUUUGUCUUCUGUACACCUCCACCCAGGGACAAAAAGACUUGCAGGAAAAACAUACGAUUUUAAAAAAAAUGGCAAAGAACGAGAGAAAGACUGGGUUCUGUUUGUCAACUCACACCCUUCCCCAUCCUCCUCUCCAACUACCCCGACUGUCUAAAUCCAGAGGAAAGACUGAUGACUGAAGGAGGGCCCUGUGGGGGCGGGUCAGGGGGGGUCAGAGUGCCAUGUGAAGCUGGAUUAGAACCCAGGCUGUCUCGGCAGCAACAUACUUUACUUAUUAGCCCACUGAACUGAAUCUUUGGUAUUAGCAUGGGGAGCUAACAAGCCAGAGGGCUCCUCUGGUUCAUCCUAAUGUAAAAGAGUCUUUAAAAAAAAAAUAGUGUUGGCAUUGAACCGUGCUAAUGUCCCCUUCCCCUCUCUUUCUCUCUGUGUAGUGUGUGUGCAAUCAUGUGUGUGCAUAAGGGCACAUGUGAAAUAUGAGUGUGUGUGUGUGCGUACGUGAUUGAUUGUGUGUGUGUGUGUGUGCGUGCGAGGGGGGUGGGUAGAGCUCUGCUGCAGGACAGCUGGUUACUCAAUGAGGGCAGGGCUUUUCUCCUGUGUAUUGUACGUGUAUUAUCUUGUUUAUAUCGUGACGUCAUUUACCUUGUUACAACUGUACCAGAAGUUGCGAGAAGUAAUCCAGGCUUAUAGAUAUAUUCAUAUAUAUUUUCUAGAACCAGAGAGAAAAUGUUAAAUCAGAAAUGGAGCAAUAAAUGUGUUUUAUGUUCUUGUUUCCAAGAAGAGGGAGGAUUGUAGAUUCUCCUUUGUCACAUUCAGGCAAUCAUCGGGAAUGCUAAAUUACACAUUGACUGUGAAUACAUGCCCAUAUUGGCAUGUCUCUCUCCCUGUCCCUGUCCCUCUCUGGUGGAGGAAAUGGAUUACAAAAAUAGAAGAAGAAAAAACUAUAAGCACUUUGAUAAGUGGAAGAGCAUGUCCAAUAGCCACUAGGUGCUGCUGUAGUCCUACUUUGUAAGGGAGAGUGAAAGGGAGAGAGACAGUUGCCAAAAAGGUCUUGAUAAAAUUAUUUAAAUGUAAGAUGAAGAAGAAGAAGACAAGGUGGGACAAAGAGGAAGUGAUGAAGACUGGUGGAAUUGGAGCGAUUGGUCAAAUAAGAUGGGAUGAGAAAGUAGAGCAACAUAUUUACCUGAGAAUGGAUAGGACAUCAGGGCUCUUCAGGGUUUACAAGCCAUUGCCGGCUGUGGAUUAGGAAUAGUGCUGAAGCUUUUUAUGUUGUGGUUGUACUGGUAUCUGAACACAUAAUGCAAAAAAUACGCCGCAUUGAUAGGUCAGACUACUUUUGGAAAUAGGCUUUCAGGGUUGGUUGGUUAGCCAUGCAAAUAGUACUUAGAACUACUUUCUAUGGUAGUGAUAGUCCCUCAAAAAACUGUCAGCACAUGUAAUAAUAUUACCAAAGGGGUGUGUUUGUGUUGAAUUUUUUAAAUGCUCAAUACUGUGAGCACGACAAAUUAAAUUCCAUUCGCAUCCAUUGUAUUGCGGUGAAGGCAGAAAUUUGAAAACCUGGAUGGAUAAACCCAAAACUAUCAACAAGCCAUUGUGGAAUUAAUUUUAAUUUAGAGUCAAAAACACUUCAACAACAGUGGAUUUAUGGAAAUAUAUAUGCAGAUGUAGAUUAUGUCCAUUGGAUAUACAGUUGUGUGGCAUACAUAUUGUGGCGUUUUUAACAUUGGCUGCUGUGGGACUGUAUUACCAAUGUCUAAAAUAAUGUAUAUUACAAUGUGGUAUUCAUGUUGAUGUUCAUGUGCAAAUAGAGAUCAGAACACCAGGUUAUCUGCAAAAAAUCUUACUUAAGAAUACGGUAUAUUUUAGCAUUAUGUCUUUAGUCUCAGAUAAGCUCCGGUUAAAACCUUCCUUCUUUACAAAAUUAACUACAACAAUCUUGAGUUUCAUUUAAAAAUCGGACUAUUCUGAAAAAAAGCAAGUGAUGUACAGUACUACUAUUUCUGAUGAGUAAUGUGCAAUGAAUAAUUGAUCACAUUUUUCAAGUAACUUGCCCAAAACACUGGUUACUAAUGAGCGGCGUCCCCUGAAACGUAAGCAUUUAGACUAGCGUGUAGUCAGUCACAGAAAUCAGGUUCUUUUACCCCAGAAUGGUUCAGCUCAGUUCAGUGCAAAUGACCCAGUUUAGCUCAGGACACCCGGCUGCGUGAAAGGAUUAUUUAUGGACAUUUAGAUGUGAGUAAAGGUAAAGCCUGCUUGAUGUGCUCGCUGAUGACAAAGAAGGGUUUAGAAUUAGACGUUUGAAGCCGACAGAGAGUGGAAGAUAUGUGUGGAAUGAGCAUUUCACUGCCUGUUCGUACAAUUAUGUAAUGUAUGUGCUGUAAUAGCAAAUAAGAAUUUAGGCGCACAGAUUUGGUAUGAAGGUUUGUUAGAUAAUAUUACAUGGAAAAUUCAGUUACAGUAUAAUUUUUUUUUUUCAUUCUGCAGAAUUGUUUGAAUAGUUAGUCUUUUAAUUAAUGUAAAAAAAAAGAACGAGACACACACAAAUUACUAUGCUGUGUAACAUAUGGAUGUAGGAUGUGUGGGCUGAGAGUGAGUGUGUCCUUGUUUGGCUGGUGGACUCAUCAUCAACACGUCUGAAUGCUCUCCUAGCAGCGACCUGAACAUAGCUGGUGACAUCUUAAAAAGCCGUUUUUAUGACACUGUUUUAAACAUAUUUGUGGCUGUUUAAAUAGAAAAUGAAGAUGAUUUCAUUUUAAAGCGAUAGAGAGGAGAAUGCUUGCAAUUUAUUUAACAUUGUCACCCUCCGCCAGCACAUUUAUUUUGUUGAACUUUGAAACAGUGCUUCGGCAAGUGGGAUUUUUUAUUUUUUAUUUUCUGGGGGGGAACUACUGUAUAUGUGUUGUCACAUGUGGAUGCUGUGUGUUGUAUCAGCUGACUGGGUGAGAGGAUGGAAUGGGAAAAGCAGCAGGCUUGGACUUCAUCCCCCCCCCCCCACCCUUGGGUGAGAAAAAUGUUCAUCUGAAGAGUUUGUGUAGGACCGCCUGUUGAGGUCACACUGUACAUGAAUAUACGUACGUAUUCUGAAUGUACCGUGAGGUGAAGGUGGACAUUGAACUGUACAUGUUUGACUUGCUUCAACUAUUGCAAUGUCAAAACUUUGUGCGUGUUGUACAACUGUCGGAAAGCAAUACAGAGAUAGUGUGCAUGCACGGUCAUUCACAAUGAUGUUCCAGUGUGGGUAUAUUAAAGGAAAAUACCACUAUUCUGUCCACUCUAUGAUACUUGUGUUGCCCAUCCAAAAGUAAGGAGACCCUUAACAGUACAUCCAAGGACACUGCUCUGUAUGUGCUGUAUUUUAGUGCAAAUUGAAACAACUGAAUUCACUGCCAGUUAUCUGCAGGUAGUUGUUGCUUGAUUAAAGGGUUUUGUAAUACCCUGCAGGAAAGACAUGCUGCUUAAUUCCAAAUGAUGGAGAACAACUCAGGACAAGACCAGGAUGCUUAAAUUAUAGGGUUUUCACAUCGAAUGAGACCAAGGCAGUGAAAUCAAACUGCACACACUGGCCAUAGGAUGAGUGUGAGAUUAGAGAAAAGGCACACUAUUGCUAUUUUCCUUUAAAAUGCCCCGUUAACAGCACAACAAGUUAUCUAACUAAACAAUAAUGUCUUUUUUUAAACAUGCUGAAUUAACUGUGUACUGAACUAACUGUCUGAACAAGCUGAAAUAACUACUCUGCUACAGAUCUGUCAAUAUGCCCAUUUCUUUUAUUGAGUGUAUGUGUAUGUGGGUAGAAAUAGGCCUACAAGGCACGUGGGAAAGACACGGCCUACAAUGAAAACAGGACACUCUGUAGGAAGAUACUACAUACAGACUCAGAUUUACAUGUACGUGCAGGCAUGUGUGCGUACACACACACACACACACACACACACACACACACAUAUCCUCAUCAUGAUAAGAUAUACACACAAAACCAUCCCUUCUUCUUUAACUGAGAAAACAAGACAGUGCUAGCUACUGUGCAGCAUAUCCAAAAGGAACUAGCACUGUCAAAUACAACAUUUUAAAAACCAUUUCAUAAUUAUAUUGUGGCUAAAGGUUGAAAAUACCCCAUGUGAACGUUCGGUGACAUUACUGCAUUUCAAUUGAUUUUGCUAUUAGCUCUCUUUUUGCUUAGCAAGGCUAGCGUGCGAGCUAGUCAGCUAAACAACAUGUAGAUUAGCACAAACACGGAGCACGGUACAUUUCUUUCAUGCUACUGGCAGGUACAGACAGAAGGCACACUUGAUUUGAAUUUAAAAUAGUUACCUCAGAAAAAGUCUGUGUCUCUAUACAUAUAGCUAGCUCGACAGACUACGGCGCUGUUGAGAAGUAGGUAUGUACCUACGACUAUUAAGAGUUUGCACAGACUGUCAAAUGUUAAAGGAACUGCUUGAAUUUUUGGAAAAUACCUGCCAGGAGGUGGUUAGCUUAGCUAAGCAUAACAUUUGGAAGCACAGCGAGCGAAUUAGGCAGGCUUUGUCCAAAGCCAAAUAAUUCAUUUUUAAAGUUAACUAAUGUACAUGCAAUAUAUUUCUUUUUUUAACCCGCUCAAAAACCAAAAUGUAGGUUGGGAUUUUAUGAAGGGUAAUCUGCUGGAUUACUACUCGCAAGUGUAGUGACUUCCUGGAGUCUCUGUCGUUUUGACCCACCACCCAGUGACAGACAGAAGGAAGACAGAAGGAAGGAAGAAAAACUAGCAGAUAAAAAGCCAAUUUUUCCAAAAAUGUUGAGCAGUUCCAUUAAAUUUAACAUUAAAUACAAGACCUGGGGGUUAAUUUAUUGAGAUGGUGGGACCAUAGUACACUGGGAUUGAACACUCAACAGCACCAGUGCCUGGAAAGCCUGAAGGUGUACAGUAUGGAGAGAUUUUUUUAAACCCAUGUAUCACUCUCUUCUUUUCCUUCCCUAUGAUCUUCCAUUUUUCUAACCUCAAUCCACUGGGACAGCACACCCAGGGAUACCAUCUAGCUUGUCAUUGCAAGAGUCCCAUCGGCUGCGCUCAGUCUCUCUGUGCUUCGCAGCACAUCAACGCUAAUGAACAAUCAUUCUGAUGAAGUCUUUAUUUACACUACAGUUAAUGAGCUCAGCUCUGUUUCCCCUCUAUGUCCGCCUCCCCUUCCCUCCCCAUGUACAUGUCUGUAUGUCAGUAUGCAUGUGUGCCAUGUUUCAAAUGUUUGUGUGUGUGUGUGUGUUCUUGUUUAACUAUAUUCGUGGUCCCACAGCUUCGUGGGACCAAAAUGCUGGACCCCACAAAAAGGGAUGUUUUGCGGGUUAAGACUUGGUUUUAGGAUUAGGGUUGGAAUUAGGUUAGGGUAAGGGUGAGGUUAAGGGUUAAGGUAUAGCAUUUAGUUGUUAUGGUUACAGUUAGGGUAAGGGGGUUAGGAAAUGUCAAUGCCGGGUCCCCACAAAGAGUGAUGCACACCGUUUUGUGUGUGUGUGUGUGUGUGUGUGUGUGUGUGUGUGUGUGUGUGAGUGAAUGGCUAAGAAGUGGUAACAUUAUGGGUGCUGGGUGUUUUCAAAAAGGAGGGCUGGAAGCAUUAGCUAGGAUAAACUCCCUGCCGUACAUGGUAGCGUGCUGGUUUCAAGGCAAGCAGCUGGAUGUCUGACACGCCAUCUUAGUGCUGAGUUACACUUUAAUGAAUUUUGAUUAGGCUUUUUAAGACAUCUUCCUGGCAUCAUCUCACGGGCAUUUUAUUAUUUUUAGUAUUUUGAUUGUUUCUUGGUGAGCUUCUGUCAAAGAAAACUAAGGAUGCAAUUGUGACAUGCAGUGGCAAAUCUGCUGGUGUGUAACACACGUGGUUAGUAUCUUCAUCGAUAGGGAGUAUUAUUGGGCCCACUUCUUUUAAAUUGAGCUAAGAUGGCAAAAGUAAAUCCACUCAAAGGGAGACUCGGCGAUGUGUGUUGAAAAACUGCCACCAUGGCCACAAGCGACGAUUAUAGCAUAAUGCUAAAUGCUAAGAUGUAAUGGAACAUUAGCACAAGAAGUAAAUUGUCAAGUUAAACAACCUAAAGGAGCUACAUGUAGCUGCCAUUAGAUAUUGGUAAAAUAUGACUAAAGACUGUCACGGCACAAAAAAUUUAGAAACAUAGAAAUGGUUUCAGGAACAAACAGUGUUGCCAUUUUCACAGGUUUUGCUGUUCUCAGCCAGUUAAAACUCACAUUACUGUAAACAGCCAUUCUCCAACCACUGUUUCAGCUCUUGCUUCUGUAGAAUUUUACGAUCACGUUACAGAGAUCAAAAGGGGGUUCCUGCCGCCCCAGUCAACAUGUCGCCAGACGUGACAUGAUCGAAUUAGAAACGGGGUUAAACAGAAGCUCAAGCUUCCUGUUGAUGGUUGAUGAACAUUCAGCUAUGGCACUUCUCUCAGCCAGUAAAUGUGUUUACUGUCUGCACCUCCGCUGAGUUUCCCUGGUUAUUCCGAUUUAUAGGAAAUUGGCCGACUUCCACUGUGAGCAUUUGCUCGCAGCAUGCACACAUCGUAAUCUAUGAGGAUAUGUGGAGAACAGCCUUAUUUGCGCUGUGGAAUUCUUCUCCUCAUAACUUUGGAUUCCUUGAAAUGUGUAUACACUGGAAACUUACUGUAUGCCUUCAAUACAAUUUAAAAAUGUCACCCAUGUAAAUUAACGAACAUGCUAUCUGAAAUCCCUGUGACGGCCAUUUGAAGGAUGGAUGAUGAUGUAUUUAUGAUAGGAUGUAUUGUAAAUUUGCAUGUCUGUACAUGUAUGUACAAUCCACUCCUUCAGCCAUCUGCCCAGGUUAUACUGAAUGCGUGCUUUAUGGAUGCGUGCAUGAAUGUGUGUGUAUGUUGCACAAGGGCACUUAGUUAAGAACCCAACUGUUCCUCCCUCCCACCUCCCACCUCCCACACACAAUCUGUCAAUCCUUCCUGCUGUCUAAUACUGAAGAAACCUAACGCACACACACACCACACACACACACACACACACAGACACACACACACGCUCAUCUAAAGCAAGACUGACUAAGGUAGAUUCUUGGAAGGUACGUGAUGGUCUCCAGGGGAUGAAAUGAUGAAACAUGUCGCAACUUCCUGUCAUAUAGCCAUGCGUUACAGAGUGGCCAAAUUGGCGUCCCGGUGCCACCGCCGCUGGGACUGAACUGAAUGUCUUACUGUCAAUACUCUCAGUAGUGUCGCUCGCUCGCUCUCCGUCUCUUCUUCUUCCUCUGCUGCCUUCAAAUGAACUCAACAAUGAAAUCUCUGCACAACUCACCAUUGAGGCGUUGCUAUCAUUUCUAUGGAGCUAUUUUUUGUUCAAAGGAUAACAUUGCGUCAACAUCUGCUUUAUGUUUUCUGUACAAACUGAACUUCUGCUCCUCUUUCUCCCCUCCCGCAUCGCCCUGCAGGCACUGUGGUCUUGUCUUUCUCUCCUUUUUCCUUUUCCUUCUGCUCUUCUUCUUUAAUUUAUUGUGUGUUGAUUUCUACGGUUGUUAAGCCUCUGUCGCUGAUGAUAAGGUUUUCUGUUCUGUCUUUCUUUUUGUAAAAUUGACCCUUUUUUGUUAACUUUAGUCACCGCUAAUGUAACAAAACGCACUGUGAUGAUUCCAGUAUUAAUAAAAGUUGUACUUAAACUGUG